GUCUGCAGCAUCCACCGAUGUCAAAAAUGAGAUCCAGGCAAAGUCAGUCGACGAGAUCGCUGCAGCAUUGAAGGAACUGCCCGCCGAUCAGCUUGCCAAAGUGAAGGAUGCUCUGGCCACAGGUGGCCCUGCCAAAGGCCCAUGCCCUGGCCCGGUGGACACUGGUCGCGUUACUGUCGUCGCCAAGGACUAUAAGGGCCUGCUGCCACAACCUGCAGAGCCAAAGUUCAAGGGGGCGCUCUGCCAGAUCUUUGUGCGUAGCCAGCCUUAUGGAGGUUCAGACAAGAGCAGCAACGGCCACCGGUAUGAUUCCAUGGUGUUCGCCAACGGCAUGAUCGCCAGCGGCAUGAGCUGCCAGCUGAUCCAUUACACGCAUGAGGAGCACGAUGUCUUUUUCGAGCUGUGUAAGAACUUCCAGUUCAUCAUCGUCCGUUGCAACCCAGGUCAGAUCAAGGCAGAUGGCGGCGAUCAGCAGAAGUUCGAUGACGGCAUGCGUCAACUUCGAAAGGCUGGCAUCCAGGUGUGGCCCUCUCCGGACGUGAUGGAGAAGAUGGGCGCCAAGGACGCUCUGUGCAAGGUGGCGACUCUGAACAUCGGGCUGGAGGACACCUUGGCUUAUUACAGUCCUGACGAGUUCGCCGCGGGCUUCAAGAAGACCAUGGCCUUCCAGCCGCGUGUGAUCAAGCAGAACCGCGGCUCCUCGGGCGAGGGCAUCUGGAUCAUCAAGCUGGCCGAGGGCAACUACUGCAAGGAGUACGGUGAGAGGUCCUGCGAGGAUGGCGAGGUCCUGAAGCUGAUGGAGGCGAACGACAACCACGAGGAGACCCACACCGUGGCGGAGUUCAUCGAGUUCUGCGUGAGCGGCCGCACGGAUAAGUCCGGCGAGUGGACCUCCAAGGGCGUCGGAAAGUACCUCGAGGGCGGCAAGGAGGCCGGUGGCCAGCUGGUGGACCAGCGCUUCUGCCCGCGCAUCGUGGAAGGAGAGCUCCGCUACAACCUCAUCGUGGAUUCGCUCGUGGGCAUCAUCCACAAGAAGCCCAAAGAGGGCGGCAUCUCCGCCGUGGGCGGCACCGGCUCCAUCUACACUUACUACGGCCCCGAGGAGGCAACCUUCAAGACGCUGACCGACAACUUCCUGCAGAAGGAUCUGCCAAAGGUGAUGCCGUCUUUGGAGCUGGCUGAAGAGCCGGUCCCUCUUUGGUGGACCACGGACUUCAUCCUUGCCUCCCCCGAGGGUACGCCCAAGGAGGAGGAGAAGUGGAUCGUCGGGGAGUUCAACUGCUCUUGUGUGGGAGUGUCCCGGUGUCUCGCGGCAUAUUGCAAAGAUGACACCCCCAAUGCCUGCUGGGAUGACAUCACAGAAGAAGACAAGGCGGAGGCAAAGAAAUAUGGGGACCUCAUGGGUGAGAAGGCUUUGGGAAUCAUGUCCAAGUGA